AUGAUAUCACUAGUCGAAUUAACUGAGCACAGAGCAACCAGAUCCCAUUCUUAAUAUAAGUUAAAUCUAAUUGAUUUCGAUGACUUCGCAUAUAACUUAAAUAAAACCAUCUAUAACUUUUAAAAAUGUUCAACUGGAAAAAAUCACGAUAAAUUAUCUAAAUUUAGAAAAUCAAGGAGCGUAUUAAAAGCUGAUCUCCAAAAAAAAUAUCCAUCAGUCUACAAAACCUUUAAUAGAAAUGCCCCUGGAUUCGAUGAAAACGAAACUAAAGAAUUAUUGGAACAUAUAAUUCAGUUAGAACACUUAUUUGUCCAAUAUAAUAAAUACUUUCCAGAUCACAGCAAUCCUAUUCUAAUGAAUAACUAUCUCAAUUGUUUGAGUUUAAACAAAGAAAAAUUCUUUAACAACUAUACUUAAAAUAUAUCUGAAACUCUUUAAAUGUCUAUUCUAAGAAACUCACAGCAAAGAAUUGCUGAUGAUGGAACCGAUGAAGUGGUUAUCAAAUACUUAAUUAAUGAGAUCAAUAGGAGAAACAAAUAUGAAAAAAAUAUGGAUCUAAUCCGAAGUGAUUAAACUAAAUUUUCUAAGCUUUCUCAAAAUUAUGAAUUGCACAAGAAAACCAAUCAAUUAGAACAAACUAAAUCAAACCUAUUAGUAACUUCUAUGAAACUUGUGUUUUUAAAUUACUAAAAUUAAUCGGUUUAUGUUAGAUUCCCGUUAAUAAACAAGAAUAAAUAAUUGUAUGUAGAUAUGGAAAAACUCUUAAAACAAGGAGAUGCCCAAGAUUUAUUUAAAUAAUGGAGUCAAUACGUAGACAUCACUUCAUCUCACCCUGAAAUCAUUUUAUUAUUAUCAAUAGUGCAGGAUCUAUUGUAAGAAGACAGUUGGAUAAUAUCUUCAAUUAUGCAAUAGAUUGCUGGAAAAUAGAUAUUUAAAUUAGAAAGGAUUAUAUUAUAAAUUGGUGCUUUGAAUUAAUUUUGUUCUAAUUGUUUGUCAAAUAUUGAUAAAAGUCAUACUUAAAUCUCAGAACUUUUGUAACUCAAACUCUAAAACAUUAUACCUUAAUUUAUGAUAAGGAAUACCAUAAAAUUGGAAAAACAUAUCAUGAUAAUGUAAAAUUCACAGGAUGAACUAAAUAAAGGAUAUAAUAGACAUUCGAUUGAGAAUUAAUUACUACAUUUAAACAACUUAAAGAUGUGUUUAAUUCCUUAAGGAUUAUUUAGUUAAUUAUGUUUCAUUCAUAGAUAUUGUAGUGAAAAUAAUUAAAACGAUCUUGAAAAAGCCAUGGAAUCAGAAUUAUUCGAGCAACCGCACGAAUCAAAUUUUUCUCAUAUCAAAAAGGGAUUUAUUCGAGAUGGAUCUCGUAAACCUAGUAUGAAUGAAAACAAAGGAUACAUAAGAGAAGAUGUAAAUUAACCAUUCCUUUCAUAAAAAUUAACUGAAAUGAAAUUCGCUUCAACUAUUUUUAUGGACAAUGUAGAUAAAAUUGAAUGGAAAAAUAUUAUAUAGAACAUUAAAGAAGAGAAAAAAGAAUAAAAAGAACCUGGAAGUUCCUAGUCUUAAUCUUCGAAUAUUUCCUUCUAGUUAAACUGCGAAGAUGAAUAAUUUAGGAGAUAAAUGAAGAACUUCUUAUAAAAACAGCAAGAAAAAAUGCAAUGA